CUUAGUUAUGUUUUUUUUUGAAAAUAUAAGAGUUAGUGUGGUUUUUUUUUUGUUCUAAUUUUGUAGAACUUUUCUUGCAAAUAUAGUGCAUUUAGUAUUGAGGAUGUGCACAACAUAGUUAAUUUUUGAUCAUUUUUUUCUUUUAUUGUUUUUUUUGUUUUAGUAUUGUUUUACUGUUGUUUUUCAUGAUUUAUUUAUUUGAUGCCGAUUUCACUGCCCUUGCUCCAUCUCGCUGGAAUUAAUAGGUAUUUUCUGGGUGUUCUCGUGUUGUUGUGAUGGUUAUGUCUGUGAGUGUGGAAGAUGGAGGCUACAAAUACAUUUCUUCUUCGUUCUCUUUGGCUAUUUUUGUGGUUUUUUUCUUUUGGUUCUCCUAUAAAUAUAUUUGACGAGCUCACUCACAAGAGAGUUUUGAGGUGUGUGUUUCUUUUAUAUUUUUCUAAGUAGUUAUAUUUGCUUCAUUUGUUUUUGUGUUGUUUCAGUGUUGUUUUAGUAGUUUUUUUUAUUAUAAUUUUCUAGGAAUAGACUUGCAAAUAUAGUUGAUUUUGCAUCUGGUGUUGAGGUUGUGCAGCAGAUUGUUUGUUUUUUUUAAUCAUUUUUUUCUUUUGUUUUGUUUGAUUGUUUUAGUGUUGUUUUACCGUUGUUUUGCCAUGAUUAUUUAUUGACGUCGAUUUUACUGCUUUUGUUUAAUCUUGUCGGAAUUAAUGGUUAUUUUUCGGUGUCCUGGUGUUGUUGUGGUGGUUAUGUCUGUGAUUGUCAAAGAUGGAGGCCUCAUACUUUUGUUUUGGUAUUGACAGUAUAAAAGAAAAAAAAGGGGAGGACAGUAUAAAUGUUAAUUCUGCCGUGUGGCAGUAAAAUUGAAAAGUAUUACCCAAAAUCCAGUAUUUUUGUAAAAUGCCUUUUAAUUAUUAUAUAAUUUUCUUAAAAAAUUAAUAUGUAAUAAAUGUAUUUUUAUAAUUUUUAUUAGCUAAUUUACUAUAUUUAAUGAUUUUAUUAAUUUUUAUUUUAAAAAAAGACAUUUAUUAACUUAAUUUUUAAAUUUAAGAUCAUUUUACAUAACCUUUUUAUUAGGUGGUUAAGUAUAACUAACUAUUAAGAAUAGAGAUUUCACCCUCAAUUCUUCUAUUUUUUUUUUCCUGAGUUUCACUCAUUUAUUUGAGAGUGUUUCAAUUUUCUUCAUUGAGAAAAGGAUUUUAGCAAACGAGGAUUAAUUUUUUUCUUCUUCUUCUUCUUCUUCUUUAUUUUUAUUUAUUUAUUUAUUGAAGAAAUGAAGACUAGUUUUUGGUUACAACUUACAUACAUCCUUUUACAGUAUAAGUUUUAAAUAUUAAUGCAUGUUCAUACAUGGAAUGGAAUAGCAUUCAAAAAAAACACACGUACAAAUUAUUAAAUACAAUAACAUAAUAUCAUAGUCAUACCCUCAGAAUUCCUUGUCUUUUCCUUUGAAUUGGUACAUAAAACUUUUUUUUAAAAUACAACUUGUCUUAAGUUAGGUAUGAUAGAAAUUUUUAUUAAAUACAAGUUGAAACUCAUCACACACAACAUUGUUUAUCAUAAAUUAUUUUUGUUAUAUAUAUAUUUUUUGUGGAAGACCAAAAGGCCAACCAUUGCAAGUGACCUUUCUCUUCAUUCUUCCUGAGUUUUCAAAGUAGCAAUGGGUAUCACAUUCUCUCUGCCAUGUAAUUCAGUUAAUGAUGCUGUCACUCAUUGCUAUAAAAGCAGUGCUAAACAAGCAAGUUAUAUCCAUAAGCUUGAAGAUAAUCUUAAGUCUUUAACAGAUGGUCUUCAAGAUUUAACAGACAAGAAAAAUACCAUACUUAGGAGAGUCAAACUUGCAGAGGAACAACAAUUGACACGGCUGGAUGAGGUGCAAACAUGGCUUUCAAGGGUCGAGACCAUCGAAAAUAAAGUCAAUGGAGAACUACUGCAAAGAAAAACUGAAGAAAUCAAUAGACUUAGCCUUUGGGGUUAUUGUUCAACAAACUACAAGACUAGCUAUGUGUUUGGGAAAAAAGUGUGUAAGAAGUUAGAAGAAAUUGCUGAUUUGCUUAGCCAAGAAAAGGCUUUUGAAGUGGUGGCUGAAAGGGAACCAAUACCUCCUGUGGUUGAAGUGCCAGUGGAGCCAAGUGUGGGUUUGGAAUCAGUUUUUGACCAUCUUUGGACAGAAUUCAAUGAUGAAAGUGUGAGUAUUAUGGGAUUGUAUGGAAUGGGAGGGGUGGGGAAAACUACUCUUUUGAAAAAAAUCAACAACAAUUUCCUUAGUUCUCAAAAUAAUUAUUAUGUUAUAUGGGUUGUGGUGUCUAAAGAUCACACCCUUGAGAAGAUACAAAAUGAGAUUGGAGAAAAAAUUGGGUAUUUUGGUGAGAGUACAUGGAAGAACAAAAGCUGUCAACAGAAAGCUUUAGACAUUUUCAAAGUCUUGAAUAAGAAGAAGUUUGUUAUGUUAUUGGAUGAUAUAUGGGAGAGAAUUGAUCUUGAAAGCGUAGGGAUUCCUUUGCCAAAUAAUCUAAAAGUAAAUGGAUCCAAGCUUGUCUUCACAACUCGUUCCAUGGAAGUUUGCUGCGAAAUGGACGCUGAUAAAAAUGUUGAAGUAAAGUGCUUGUCGUCAGAAGACUCAUGGAAAUUGUUCGAAGAAAAGGUGGGAAUUAAAGCUCUCAAUAUACAUCCAGAUAUCCCAAGUUUAGCAGAAAAAGUAAUGGAAGAAUGUGGUGGGUUACCAAUAGCCUUAAUUACCGUUGGGCGCGCCAUGGCUUACAAGAGGACGCCUUCAGAAUGGUUGUAUGCAGCCCAAGUGCUAAGAACUUCAGCUUCAGAAUUUCCAGCUAUGGGAGAUAAGGUACUUCCUCUUCUUAAGUUUAGUUAUGACAAUUUAUCAAGUGAAAAACUCAAGUCUUGUUUCCUUUAUUGUGCAUUGUUUCCUGAGGAUUGGAGUAUUGAUAAAGAUGACUUGGUAAAUUAUUGGAUGUGUGAAGGAUUUUUGGAUGAAAUUGAUGAGGAAGUUUGUGUGAAAGGCCAAGGAUAUGAUCUCAUUAGCUUCCUUCUUUGUUCAUGCUUAUUAGAAGAGGUUAGUGAAUCAAGUAAUCAAGUGAAGAUGCAUGAUGUCAUUCGUGACAUGGCAUUGUGGAUUGCUAGUGAUUGUGGGAAAGGAGAGAGUAAAUUUUUGGUGAAAACAAAUGCUCUAUUGGUUGAUCCCCCAAAAACUGAAAAAUGGAAUGAGUUUGAAAGGAUCUCUUUGAUAGGGAACAAGAUCAAGUGUGUUUCUAUAACUCAAGCAUGCCAUAAUCUCUCAACUUUAUUCCUUCAUUUUAAUGAUUUGAGGCGAACUCAAUCCUUUCACUUCAUGUCUGUAUUAACUGUUUUGGAUCUAUCAAUGAAUAGAAAAUUAAGUCACUUACGAAUGGAAAUUUCAACUUUGGUUUCCUUGCAAUAUCUCAACCUGAAGGGUACAGAAAUAAAAGAAUUGCCAAAAGAGUUGAGUAACUUGGUAAAGUUGAAAUACUUGAACUUAGAGGGGUUAUCUUGUCUAGAUAUAAUCCCAAAAGGAUUAAUAUCAAGUUUUUCUCAAUUGCAAGUUUUAAACAUGUUUGGAUGUGGAGUGUCUGAAAACAUAGUGAUGGGUCAAGUUCAGUGUGGAGGUAAUAAAUUACUUGUACAAGAAUUGCAGCACUUGAAACAUGUUUCAGCAUUGGGUGUAGCCAUUAAAUGUGUCACUGCCUUUAAGAGGUUUUUGACUUCUGAAAUGCUUCUAAACUCCACUCAAAGCUUGUUCCUCCACCAGUUAAGCUUAAGCACCUUACAGGUUAACACUCUUUCAUCCAUGGCGAAUUUAUGCCGACUUUCUAUUCGACACUGUAAGAGCUUGGAAGCUUUGAAGAUUGUCUUGGAUGGAAAAAGUAUAGAGCAUAAAAGACUGUUUGGAAGCCUUCAGAAUGUGAGUAUUCAUCAUUGUCCAAAACUCAAGGACUUGAGUGGACUUAUUUUUGCUAGAGAAUUGAGUCAUCUUCUUAUUUUCAGUUGUGAUGCACUUGAAGAAAUCAUAAGUGUGGACAGUGUUGGUGAUGCUGGUCCAGGCACUAAAGAGACAUUUGUUAAACUUGAGGCUAUGACAUUGUCUGAUUUACCAAAACUAAAGAAUAUCUGCCCUAAGCCCCUGCCUUUUCAUUGCCUCAAGUUACUUGAUGUGUUAAAAUGUGAAAAGUUGAAGAAACUGCCAAUCAGUUCUAAAGACACAAGAGCAACUAAUCUGACUAUUAGAGGACAAAAUCAAUGGUUUGUUGAUAUAGAAUGGGAGGAUGAGACCACUAAAGAUAAAUUUGCUCACUGUUUCUCUGGUGAUUAUCUAGAUGACAUGGACUAUUUGGAUCUUGAUUCAUGGUAUGAUUAAUCUUGGUUGUGGAACUGAAAGGUGAACCAAGGUAUACACAGGAAAUAAACUACAAAAUCAGAGUUGAACCACUGGCACCAAGCAAUUAUUAUAAGAUUUACUCUUUUCCAACAUGUAUCUUGUUGUUCAUUGUAUCAAUUUUAAGGCCUUGCUUUUUAAUAAUUUAAUUAUCUGUGGCUUACCUUCA